UCCUAGGCUGGUGGAAGGUCUUCGUGGUCAUCCAUGUACUCAGGUCGCUGGAGCAAAGGAUCACACAGUAGUUCUAACGGAAGAUGGAUAUGUUUACACAUUUGGACUAAAUACAUUUCAAUCAACUUGGAAUUCAGCCGCCCCCUCCAAAUUCAAAUGUUCCAAGGCAGAUUCAGGCCAAAACCAUGAAGGGAAAGACUGUGUUAGGGGUCGCUGCUGGAAGGUUUCCCACAGUUCUGUGGACUAAAGAUGCUGUUUAUACAGUGGGAUUGAAUGGUGGCCAGUUAGGAUACUUGCAAGAUCCUAAUGGAGAAAAAUUUGUAAGUUGUCCUCGCCAAGUAUCCGCACUUCAUCAUAAAGAUAUAAACAUAACUCUUGUGUCAGCAAGUGAUGGCGCUACAGUUUGUGUCAGUGAAAGGGGAGAUAUUUACCUUCUGUCCGAGUAUCAGUGCAAAAAGCUUGCAUCAAAACAGCUAAACCUGAAGAAAGUUCUUGUUUCAGGGGGCUUUUUGGAACAUAAGGCAGCUCCUGAGCAUCUUAAAGGACCAGAUAAUUAG